GACGUUCGACCCACUAGUUUCAGCUUCUCCGUGUCUGUCACGUAAAGUCUGACGUGUUGGUUUAUUAGUUUUAGGAUAGUUAAUAGUAUGCCCUCCAAACGGGCUCAGGAGGAGAGCGGAGCUGCAGACAAGAGGAAGAAGAAGAAAAGCUGCGAGGAGACGGCGGAGCUUUGUCCAGAUGUGGAGGACGAGCAGCUGAAGAAAGCCGUGAAGGAGGCGUGGGUCCGCAGGACUCACUACAGCCAGGGUGAUUUAGAACUAGACUGCUACCCUUUCCCCCACUGCAUCAUCAAGAACUUCAUCAGGAGUGAAACUUUUGUAGAAAACCUCCAGAAAGAGCUACUGGAACUCAACUUCAACGAGAAAUCUAAUGAUCUGUACAAAUUUAAACAGUCAAAUGACUUGAAAAAGAGAAAGGAGCCACAUAUCGCAGGACUGAGGGCGGCUCUGUUUGAGCGUUUCCGCUCCUGGCUUGGGGAAGUCUUGGGCGUUGAACUAGAGCCCACGGUGGACAUUUCUUGUGCUAAAUAUGAAUACACAGAUGUCCUGUUGUGUCAUGAUGAUGAACUGGAAGGGAGACGUGUCGCCUUCAUUUUGUAUCUUGUCCCUCCGUGGCAGAGGAGUGAUGGGGGAACCCUUGAUCUUUACACAACAGACAGUAACUUCCAGCCUCAAAGCAUAGUGAAGUCACUCGUGCCCUCCAGGAACACUCUGGUCCUCUUUGAAGUUUCUCCAGUUUCUUUUCACCAAGUGUCAGAAGUUUUAUCCCAGGACAAGUGUCGUUUGUCUCUGAGCGGCUGGUUUCAUGGACCGACUUUGGAGCGACCUCCUCGUCACCUGGAACCGCCCGUCCCAAGGAGUCCACACAUACCGAGAGACGAGACGAUUGUGCAGGAGUGGAUCAAUCCCCUCUAUCUGGAUAUUUUCUAUCAGGAGCAGAUCCAAGAGGAGUUUGAAGAGAGUUCUGAAAUCCAGCUCAAAGGUUUCCUCAAGGAGGAGAAGUUCAGGGAGGUGAGUGAAGCUCUGCAGCUGGCUCAGAUUCAGUGGACCAAGAGAGGUCCACCCAAUAAGAGGUGCUACGAGGCGGCCUCUCUGGAUACCCUGCCCGAGUGUGUGAGCAUGUGUUGGGAGCUGCUUCACUCAGAGGCGUUCUUCCUGCUGCUCUCCAACUACACCGGCCUUCGGCUGCACUACAUGUGUCCUGCUGAUGAUGAGGAGGAGGAAGACGAAAAUGAAGAAGCAGCAGGAUCUUCAGCAGCUGCAUCGUCAUCCACAGGAGCAAAUCCAAGCAGAGAGAAAGAGCUGAGCACACCUGUGUGUAGCGGAGAGGUGCGCCGCUGGUCUCAUGGCAGCUACACUUUGUUGCACGAUGGCGAUGCUGCACGGGCAGAAUACGCUCUGGACCUGAUUUUACCUUUUGGCUGCACAGACUGGCAGUCCGAGUUUGGGGGAUACACCUGCUACGUAGCCAAUGAAGAGGAUGAGGAGCUUCUGACCGUGUAUCCAGAGGAAAAUUCUCUCGCUCUCGUCUACAGAGACAAAGAAACGCUGAAAUUUGUGAAACAAGUCAACAACAAAGGUUCCUCUCCGGGCAAGGAGUUUUACGAUUUUUCUUUUGUCUACUAUGAAUAAACAUAUAAAUAUCA